AUGUUCCAAUCCAUAAGAUCCUCGUGUGAGCGCUGUCGUUCUCAGAAGCUCAAGUGCGCUCUGCCAGAUGGAUCCAAUGGCCAGGGACCAUGUCAACGCUGCUCUCGGGCCAAGGUCGAGUGCGCCUUCAGUCGACGCAGGAGGGCAAGUCGCGGAGACUCAGACAAGCCGAACAAGAGGGUGAACUCCACUGUCACCACUGCCACAACCCCCACCACGAACAGCAAUUCCAUGCUGGCGAGCCCCAUCACUCCCGUCACCAUGACCGAUCUGGCUUGCUUGACCAUGCCCAGCCCUGAGAUCGAGCCAAUCGUCGAGUCGGCAACGUACGAUGUGCUGGACUGGAACACCUUCCAGCUGCAAGAGCCAUCGGACAAAACCAUGGACUUGCUGAACGACAUGAGCAGCUACGACCAGGGCCAGCACAUGAAAGAUCUGGAUAACGCAUUUCUUUUCGACAGGAGUCAGCUAUACUCUUCUCGAAGCUCGCCGCCCAAGCAAGCAUACACACAAGCGGCAAAGGCUCUGACAGGGGCUUGUGGUGAAAGUAACGGCAUGGUGCAACGGCUGCUUCUCCUGCUUUCGCAGAUGCAAUACCAGAUGAGCACACUGAAGGAAAGACCGUGGCGAUUCGGCAGCAUAUGCGGUCUCAACGACUACCCCAUCGGCACCAUUCUCCACCUCACCCAAGAGCUCAUCGCCGCCGCACAGCCCAUUCUCGGGGGUCUCAACGAGCCGUUCAACGGAAACAUGAGCACCACGUCCUCGAGCUCGGAAAGCAUACUGGUGGACGAUUUGGCAACGGUAUUGGUCUUGAGCGGCCACAUGUCCCUGGUGCGCAUCUACAGCAUCGCCUUUGGCCACUUCCAGUCCCACCUCAGCCGAGUGCCCAGCCAGGGCCACUCUUUGGGGCGGGGCUCCGUGAGCCCAGGACUCCAGCUGAGCGAGCUCCCGAGUGCGAAUGCGGCUCACGAGCUGGGGCGCGUGCACAUGGCUCUUUGUAUGCUGCAAGGAUCGCUCAAGGACGUUGAGGGACAAUUGGGGGUUGGGGGUGCAGUUGCGCGCGAGAUGGUCAUGGCUCAGUUGAGGAAAGAAGGCAUGUCGACGACUGAGAGUUUUCUGGACGGCAAUAGCGGACUGAGCAAGCAGGCAUCGUCUGUCAAAGAGCUCUUGCGGGAGAAAAUGAGCCUUUGA